UAUCGUGAAUACAAAUAAAUUUGAAAAUGUUACGACAGCGGAUCAGAAAAGUUGUUUCUUUAAAGACAGUCCGGGAACUGGAUGCAUUUCCAAAAGUCCCAGAGUCUUACGUGGAAGCUAGUCCUAUUGGAGGAACCGUAUCGGUUUUCUGUUGGCUUGCCAUCAUUUGGUUGGUGUAUUCAGAAACCAAAUAUUGGUUGGAUACGAAGUUUCUCUUCAAAUUUACACCUGACACUGACUUUGAUGCAAAACUGAAAAUAAAUAUUGAUUUGACCGUAGCAACACCAUGCAAUUAUAUUGGUGCUGAUAUAGUAGACUCUACCAAUCAGAACAUUUUCAAAUUUGGGAAUUUGGAACAAGAGGACACAUGGUGGGAGCUCAACAGGGAACAGCGCACACAUUUUGAUACCAUGCGCUCCCUAAAUUCUUACCUUAGGGAAGAAUUCCAUGCUCUUCAGAUUCUGUUGUGGAAGUCUGGGCAGGCUGCAAUGUUUGGAACAUUGCCAGCUCGCAGAAAGGACAAGCCUAAAUGGCCAACAGAUGCCUGUCGCAUUUAUGGAAGUCUAACUUUAAAUAAAGUCUCUGGGAACUUCCAUGUAAGUGCAGGCAAACCUUUGGCUUUACCCGUUGGUCAUGUACACUUGACACCAUUUGUAGCAGAAAGAGCUAUGAACUUUUCUCAUAGAAUUCACAAGUUCUCAUUUGGUGAUCCAUCUCCUGGGAUAAUUCAUCCAAUGGAGGGUGAUGAAAAAAUCACAGAUAAAUCCUCCAUGUUAUAUCAGUAUUUUAUUCAAGUAGUUCCUACAGAUGUUGAUACAUUCUUCAGCAAAAUGCAGACUUACCAGUAUUCGGUCAAGGACCAUGACAGACCUAUUGAUCACCGAAAUGGAUCUCAUGGAGUUGCUGGCUUAUUCUUUAAGUAUGACAUGAGUGCAUUAAAGGUCCAUGUCAUACAAGAAAGAGAUUCUAUUGGUCAGUUUCUGACUCGUCUGUCUUCCAUGAUCUGUGGUCUUUAUGUCUGUUCAGGAUUCUUGAACAACUUGGUCCUGUAUGUGAUUGGUUUAUUCACCGGCACCAAAUCAAUUUCACUGUCAUCAGCAGGACCCAGUCCCCCUCCGUCAUUAGCACCAAAGGUCCAAAAUAAUGUUCUUAUGUCAGCAUCAGUUGUCACUGAUGUUCCUGUAUCACUACCUUUAAGAUCUAGUGAUCAGAACAGCUAACACACGACUGAUCUCUCUGUUUUGUGGGAAGUAAUAGGUGUGAACCAUUUUAGAAAUGUAUAUUUACUGGGUAUGAUCUUAUGUUUCUUGACGUGGCAAUGUCAUUGUAUGAUGAUGUGUUUGUGUAUGGGGCCAUUUGUUGUCUUGUCUAAUGGUUUUAUAAAAUUUUAGCCAACGUGAAUUGUUUGAUCAGUACAUAUUCAGGAUACUAUCACAUUCACUUGCGAUUCAUCAAUUUCAUGCCUGUGCUCAUUCUGCAGUCUGGCUGUUAAUUUCUUUUUUUUUAAAUGUCUAUUGGGAGGUCUUUUUUGGCUUCUAAUUUUAACUGUGUAGAUGGCUGCUCACAGUACAGUCCAUGUAGCAUGUUUUGACAGAUCUGUUGAUAUUGGGGAAAUCCAAUCAAUGACAUUUUGUAUGACUGUGAUGAUGUAAAAUAUUGUAGUCUUUACCACUGCAUGUGGCUAAUAAAGGGAUGUGACUCCAUCAUUUGUAUGUCAA